GAGCAGCAGCGGCAAGUGCAGACGAGACCAACAACAGCAGCAGCAGUAAUGUCCGCUGCUCACAGCAGCACACCUGGGUGUGACGACCCGACCAGCGCGUGAGCGAGCCUGCAUGCAGCAACCACUCAAUCAGCCAGCCGGCCACCAUUAUUAUCAUCAGUUCAUCGUCAUUGCUGUCGCUAGUCGUUAGGUUGCUCGCUCGCUUUUUGGCAACAGCAGCUCUGUCGUUUUUGAGUGGCGGUCGCAGCGGUGGCGGCGGCGGCGGCGGCGGCGGCGUCCGUGUGAACGGCGGAGAGUGAACGCGCUCACUGCGAGUGAGUAGCCACUAGCGAAUGCUGCAGGCGUUUUGCCUCGCGCCACUGUCUGUGCCCACAGCAGCAAAGCAGCAGCACCAGCAGAUCUGGCUGUGCGUUUUCUGUCGUCGUCGUCGUCGUCUCUCGCUGAGGCAGCAGCAGCAGCAGCGCAGCGGCUCUGCUAAUGGCUGUGCCGUGCCGCCAUCAGUCGUGUAUUGAAUUGCGAGUUCAGAAUGAAUUAGUUCUGUAGUAGUGUGAUGCGUGAAAGUUCUCAGCAGCUUCAGCUGCCGUCGCAGCAGCACCACUACCAACAGCAGCAGCAGUAGCAUGGUGAGCAGUAACAUCCUCGGAGAGCGCUGAGCCGAGCAGCACGAACAAGCCUCAGUCGUCAGACUGAACGGGAAGAAGCAGUGCGAUACGGUCAGUGUGAAUAACAGCAGCAGCAACAGUAAUAACAGUCAGUCGUGGCGGGGGUGUCCACCGUUAGCAGUUGUGCUUACGGACAAAACAGACGACAAAACGAAGCAAAUCGGGCUAGCAGCAAAGUUGCCAAUCAGUCUGCCAGAGAUAGGCUGUAAGGCAGGCAGACCAACAGCAUCAACGAAGUAGACGACAAGACGGACAGGCGAGGUAUUAAACGCCUACCAAACCAGUCUACCACCCAUUCAGCCAGCCAGUCAACUGAUUGGCAAGAAAUAAAGGAGUAAAACGACGGCUAACGAAGAGAAUAGCGGUAAACUGUCGCUCGAUCGCGCUUGUUGUUUGGUGGCUCGAUCCGGUGGCGUCAUUAAUCCCGCUGCUGUGCUCUUAUUUAGCUGCUUGUCGCUAGCGAGCGACUCAAGCCAGUAGUCGCUGUUACAAUAUCAGCAGUGCCUCGGUUGUUGUUGCUGAUCGUUCAGCCAGUGUUACCGAACAACGGUCAUUCUCUGCCUCCUCCUCGUCCUCCUUCCCCCCUGCCCGAUCGGUCAGUUGGUGUGUCGUCGUCCCCAUAGUUAUCGCUCGGCUCGGCGGCGACUGGCGUAGUUCGCGAGUGAACGAACGAUUUAACAGCAGUUAGCGGCCGGCAGUUAACUCCAAUUCGCGUUGCUGCGGCCAGCGCCCUGACCAUUACCAUCCCCGUCCGCACACCCGCCACCCCCUGACAUUCAGCCAGCCAGUAAAACCUAUUGAUGAGAACCACCCGGCUAACGCCAAUGCCCCCCUAUACAAGAACGAUCGAUCAGUGAUUAUCACGAUUAUAACUAACAUCACCACCCCAACCUGUCUCGCCAUUGGACUGUGAAUCAGUGAAUGUUGGAGAUUUCGAUUUGAUUGGGUUGCUCGGCUACAACAACGACGAUGGUUACCGCUAUCCGCCAUCCGUGAAUACUACUGCUAACGACCCCCCGAAGCAGCAGCAGCAGUACCCAUAAAAUUAACACAGUUUAUAGCUAUUAUUACCAUUAGUACAACCGAGUGGUGUGUCAUCAUGUACAUCGAUCUCUCCGUCUGUUUGUCUGGCUUUCCUGACGCGAGCGUAACCCAUUGACAAAUUCGACGGAGGUAGCGAGUGCGCGUGUGAUUGCGUAGAAUUAAUAAAGCAACGGAUCAGGAAACAUCUGCGCGUCAACGAAAAGGAAGAAGGGGCACGAGGCUGUCUAUAUUUCUGCGACAUAGUGUAUCUUGUUCUUCGGAUGUACAAAGACUAGUCGAAAGUGGAAUAGCAGAAAAAGAAGGGUACUCAGAAUUUCGAGGAAAUUGUGUGUCAGACUGAGAGCGAAGUGAAAGAAUGAGUAAUUCUGAAGUUUGUUGACCAAUCUACGGCUAGCAUCAUUGCUUGACAUCUUGUUUUUAAAUCUACUUAUAGUUAUCCUUUUGUAACACCUUCGUUGUAUAGUGGCACGGUACCGUGCCAUUGUGGUAUCAUCAUCCGUCAACUAUUUGCCUCCGCCACCGUCGUCACCAUCAUCGCCGCCCCCGCCACCCUGUGCCCCGGUGCCGAUCUUUGAUUCGUACGACGACAAAGUGAGCCAGUGUUUGGUCGUCGUCGAUCAGUCGCUCGAUUCGUUCGGAUAUAUUCCUUUUGUUUGUGUGUGAGAAAGAGAGCUCUUAUACGCGCGCGUGUCCGGCAGAAUCUGCCUGUGGGUGUGGGUGUGUGUGAGUGCGGGAACCGGACUAUCGAUAUCAGAAGAAGUAGAUUACCAGUGGUGUUAUCGCAGGAGUAGUGUCGAUGACGGCGGUCAUAAAUAUUUCUUUAUCUGCAUCGUUUGCGCGUGAUUAACCUCUGUGUGUGUAUGUGUGUCUGUAUUCGAGGGCCGACCCCCGUUCGAACGCCUAAUACAGCAGCUGGCCUACCACCCGUAGAUGCUGCAUAUUCCGUCUAUUCCUUUACCGUUUGGUAGCGCAAUCGCUACUAACCAAGAUCGGGUGCAAGAAUAGAAAAGACAGUGCCUGCGAGAAAGCUAACCGCUAGAACGAUCGGCCAUCGAAGCAAAACAACAACUGCGUCAACAACAACAACAGCAGCAGCAUCAACAACAGCAACAGGAACAACAAGCAACAAAGCAGCCGCAUGGCAUACAGCCAUCGUCGUGUUGUGACGGCUGCGCCUGAUCUGUCGUGCUGCUACGUGCACCUCUCCGUUUCCCAUCGACAGCCGUCUAACAGUGGAAGCAACAGAACCGAUACUACAACUACUUGUUGAGAUAAUAGCCAAGGUGGUGGCUGACUGCAGGGAAGACGCGAUUCCUGUCUAUAUCUUGUCAGGUCUAGGGCACAAAAAGCAGAAGGAAGACCAAAGAAAAGGAAGGAACGCAGGGCAGCGACGCCCACAACAACAACGCAGCAACGUGGCGAAAAAAGGCGGGUAGUUUCGUCGAUGGGUGACAACUAGUGAGUAUCAACAACAAGAACACGGAGCAAAGGAAGUAUCUGCAGGUGGACAUUCCUCAGCAGCAGCAGAAAUCGAGUGGUAAAAUGCAAUGCUGGUAAAACGAGAUAAUUAGUGCCUGUGUGCCGCGUUGAUAGCGCUAGAGACGCAAAGAGUGAGGGAGAAAAGGGAUCUUUGCGGCUAAUAGUCGGCCGGGCGGUGGGCAGACGGACAAAUAGCGAAGUAAAAACAAACCGUCAAGCGCACCAAAAGAAACACCCUGAAACGAAAAAUCAAACUCCUCAUACAGCUCGUUAGCGAGCAAAGCCGCUAGUUGAAACCGCUGUUGCUAUAGCUGGGAACGCGCAGAAACAGCGAUCAGCAGAAAAAAGAAACCGAAACACACAACGAGGGACUGAGAAGAAAAGUGUGUAAAUCAGGGUUAAAGAGAAAAGUGUGUAUGUAUUGUGCUCUCGGGCAAUGAUCGGGGGCUUUGGAAGUCCAGAACGAGAGGCCCGCGGGCGGCCGUCCGUCCCACGACGACGACGACGACCACACUGCCUCGUCUUGUGGUGGAGGAGGAGCAGCAGCACCAGCAGCAGCAGGCGUCGGCCAUCAUCAACAUUAUUAUAAUCGGUGGCAACAGAAGAUUCAAAGUGGCUGAGUCGCGAGGAUUGUUGCCUUGUUGACCCCUCCCCCUAUAACGAUAACCCACCACGAUACCCAUCAUAACCAGCACCCCUUUGUGUCAACGAUAAAGAACGCCGGGCAAGUUGUUGUAACUGUCGAUCGCGAACAUCACAAACAAAGAGAGAAAAAGAGAGCGUUCGUUUGUUGCUUGGGCCGGUGACGGUGAGGGCCCAUCAACGGCUGCAGCCACCGCCCACGGCGACGACGCCGCCGUCGCCGCCGCUGCCGCCGUUGUCGUCUGUGAAGCCACAAUAGCAGCAGCCCUCAACAAGUGAAAGCGCGCCGGCAGGCCCCAAUAGUGGCCGAGGCAAUAGGUGGUGGCGGGGAGCAAUUCAUCGUAUUGUCGUCAACGUCACACUGUGUAUGAGUGAUACGCCAAACGGCGGAGAACGCGUCAAAAGAGAAGCUUAAAUGACAGCGGGGUCAGUAUAUCCACACAUACGCACACAUCCACGCAAGGAGCUAUCGAAGCAGGGAGAGUAAAAAGACAAGGAAGGAAACAGAGCGCCAAAGAAUAAUAAUGGUAGACCGCACAAUGAGAAGCGAGAUUUAAAAAACAACAUUCAUCUCGUUAUCGGCUGCCGACUUCAGGCGAGAGCGACGACAGCGAGCAGUAUCAUUUGCACGAUUGGUCAUCGCAGCUCUUCGUUAUUAUCGUGGAUAACAAAAAUAAUCAUUCUACUCGUAUAAUAGUCUACCAACGAUCAUUGCUGCGACUAUUGUGUGUAAUACCUUCAGGUGUGGGUUGCGGGGUACAUGUGCGUGAGUCGAACACGGCGACAUUAACACAUCCUAUCAUUUGAUGGUGCUUGUGCAGUUGGGCCGCCGUUGCGCUGCGGUUACCUGCAAUAGUAGCACCUGCGAGAGUACUAUUACGACCAGUGCCGGGUUCGAUAUAUAGUAUCGCGUUUGCAUAACCCGUGACGUCAGUCCAUCCGUCCGUCCCCACGCAAAAUCGUCGGCAUUGACUGAGCAUUGACCGGCACGAAUAGCUACGAACCGCAAGCAAUUAACCGAGUAAACGUCCAACGAGAGCUGACUUCAUAUAGCUAUCACAAUUCUAACGCCAGACGAGGCAGUAGCACACGACGACAGCAACAACAGCUGCACGGCACCAUCGUCACCAGUCACAAGCUAACAAUCCGCAGUAUCACCGCAGACAGCAGCUGGUGCCCCCACCAACAUCAUCGUCACAACUGCUGCCCCAACAGUAGCAGCGAAAGCGACAGCGGCGCCAGAGGCGACCGCAAAACGACAGCAGCAGCAGCAGCAGUAGCGGCGAGGAGUGACAAUUGCUCCUGCUGCUGCUUCUUCAGCAGAGGUUACAGUAUUGCUGACGGUGUACCGGGCGCUGUGGCCAACUACGACAAUAACAACCUCAACAGCAGCAGCAGCAGCAGCAGUGCGCUGUUUAUCGUUGCGUCGUCGCGCUUGUCGGUGACGCUAGCGCUGCUGGUGGAGGCUGAUGUUGUAGCUGGAUAGCUGGCGACUGCUGCGGCGGCGACAGCCUUUCUGCCUAACUGACUGACUAACUGCCCGUCAAAGCAGUAGGUGAGUGAGCAAACCAACGAGCGAGCCCAUCUCAGUCAUCGUCGUCGCCGUUGUCGUCAGUCGUCACAGCGCGGGGAGUGUGCAAGCUGCUGGGUGGUCGGUCGUUAGUUCGAAGUGAGUGUCUGUCCGUUUGUCUGUUUGUGACUGUGUCUCCAUUGGAGAGGAAGAAAAGUUGCUUCGCUCGGCACACGCCGGUGGCACUCAUCGUCGUUCGCUCAGUGGUGCUCAUGUCCACCGCCGUAUCCGUGUGUUGCUGUCUGCGUUCCAUUCGUUGGCGGCUGGCGUGUGUACGAUAGCUUUGCGUUAACGUAGUGUUUGUGAGCGUCUCCCUCUGUGCGCGAGUGAGUGUGUCGGCUGGGCUGGCUGGCUGGCUUUUCGGCUCGUCUACCUGGCGACUCGUACGACCGUGUCCCCGUGUUCUGGUGUUCUUCUGGGUCGUUUGUACAAAUCGGCCACUAAGAGCAAAAGCAACAGUUUUGUCCACGGCUGGGUCGUGUUAGAAACGGCGUUGUCCGAGGAUUUCACGGUGUACAUCGAGCAAGUGCUGUUUCGUACUGUACUUUAGCAGUGCGACAGAGCCUGCCGACUGUCGUCGGCUACAAGCAAACGACGAAUAGCCGCUACUACAAUUAACACCAGCACAAUUAUCACCGUCACCUACGGGAGUGUUAAAGAAUCAGCCAGCGGCCAUACCAACCAGCAACAGUUCAAAGCAAAUCAAAAGCGACUAGGGGCUGUACUAUCAAUACAACAGCAGCUACUACAGCUGGUACCACUACUUUUAGUAUUGGCGCUAUUCCGACGUCCACGCCAGCAAGAAUAAGGAAAAGCUGCUGUUGUGUUGCUUUUGGCCGCGUGUGUUGCGCUAGUAGGCAUCCACCACUACAGCCACGCCAUCAUCAUCAUAGUCAUCAAUAACAACAACGACGACAACAACAACAGCGGCCGCAGCAACAACAAUAAUAAUAACAAAAUUACCACCACCACGACGACGACCAGCGCCACGAUUCACCGAAAAUCUGCCAUUAUCUUCCCACUGCACGUAUUGUUCCUGUGCGUGACUUGCGUUGUUAUUGUCCCGGUGAGUUGACGGGCCGGCGAGUUCACGGCGGCCCGAAAAUAGCAGUUGUAACAGCAGUCACGGCAAGAGCAACUAUCUCCGUGAACGUCGUCGUCGUCGUCGUCGUCGUCGUCGUCGUGGUCGUCGUCGUCGUCGUCGUCGUCGUCGUCGUCGUCGUCGUCGUCGUCGUUAGUAGUCAGUGCAGUACUGGUCCUGGACUUUGUAGCUUUCCAAUACAAGCAUUGGAAAAAAAUCCGAGAUCAUUGCGGUAGCUAAGGCAGCAACGGCAGCGUCGAGCGACCUUCCUGCUGCGACUGCCGCUGUUGCUGUUGUUGUUGUUGUUACAAGCCGGUCAAAGACGACGACAAAGACAACAGCAACAACAUCGACGCCGUCAAAACGAACCAGCCAACCAUCGUCAUCAUCGUCACCACGAAUCGUAAGCAGGCAGCAGAAGAGCCUACAGCCGACAGGAACACCUGCACCGAAACGAUCUGCAGGAAUAACGGCAAGCACUCCUAUAAUAAUAAUAAUAACCUGAGGGAGACCAAUAAAAUAGUAGUGUACGGGUAAACGAAAAGAGAAACCGGGAAGAGAUAGGAAAAAGGCAACUUACACGGGACGGCACAGACGAAGACGAGAAAGCCCACGGGAAGGACGAGAAGAAAAACAGCGACGACGACAACAGCAACAACAACAACAGCAACAACAACAAAGACGACCAACACAAGAUCAGCUGCUUUAACUAUUGAUGCUUAAUAUUCGUAUGAGCACAGCCAUAGUGUUAUUGGCAACUAUUAUAACAUCAACAAAAUAAUCUCAAGACUACGAAAGCCCACACCGCAGCGCCGACAACAGCUUCAGAGCCUGCACUAUCUCGCCCUGUUUGUAAGAUACAGUUCGUUAUUCUAUAGGUGAAUAUUGUUUGCUGAGAGAUCGUGUGCCUCGUCAGCUGUUCCAGGGUCGCCUGCGUGUUCUUAAACAGUGUCGUCGCCGUCAUCAUCCUCAUCAUCAUCAUCUUUGCGUUCGGUGGGCUCGUCGUGGCGCUCGUGUCGAACGUGCGCUGUUCGGAAGAAGUCUGUUCGAACGGAAAGAAUGAGUGUGUGUGCGCGUGUCUCCCUUCCAUAGUCCCAGCUGUGGAUGCCGAUAAAAAACACCGAUAAUACAAAAAAGCCAACAACAACAACAACAACGGGUUUUGGUAACUGUGGGUGAGUGAUCAUGUGGAUUUGUCGAAGUGCUCCUUUGUGAUUUGCUAUUACAUUGACGGCGUCUGUAUCUCACGACGGACUCGCCUAACGAAACCAGAAGAAAAGACUGUUUACUCGAGGGCGCCCGCGCAACCUUUACAUCGGCCCUUAUGCUUGUUUGGUGGUGAAGAAAAAAACGACGACCGAAGUUCAACCUCAACCAGCUUAUUUGACCUGUCAGUUCAUGUCAGUCGAUUGGUUCUGAUUAUCAGUCGUUAGCCGCACAACUACCCCACGUCUGUCAGUUCCAACGGAGAGGAAAAACGUGCAGUGGAGUACACAGAGAAGCGCGUAGAAUGCGUGAGCACCCGUUUCUGUGUGGCAAUUUUCCCCGUACGCGGCAGCAAACAUCGGAACAACAGUACCUUUGCCAUCACGAAGCGGCUGCAUCAGCAGGAAAGAAUAACAGUUUUCUCUACUAUCGGCGGCAUCCUUCAACUGUACGUCUCUGACACAUCUAGAAGAGCUUCGAAGGUCCGGUAAAACUCCAGAUAGAGCGCGACUUGCGCGAAGAGCUGCAGGUGGGCGCUGGUGGCCAUUAAGGAAAAGCUGCAGUGGCACAACAAUCGCACAGGAACUACUGUAGAAGGCGAACCUUACGGAAAGGGAGGCGUUCCCAGCCAUCAUCACGAACGAAGAAACGAGGGGUGCAAUCAAUCUACAGCACCUUUCGUGUGAACUCAACCCCUUCGAUCUAAGCCACACCGUUUCAGCUUGGAACAGGUUGUUGUGGCAGAUAUUUUAAAUCGCAUCGUUCGCGCAUUGUGGGUGUUGACCUAGCGAAAACUGAUAAAGACAAGCACAACAAAAAAAGGUCAUCCGCUGGCCUCCUGUAUUUAGAUGCAGUCUCUAUUCUUAUUGUUGCUGCUAGAUCAGGUGAGAACGGAGUUGUUCGUUCAUUGUGUUUGGAGUGCUUCACGAACGAAACAAAGCCAAAUAUUCAAAAUUACCCUGUGCUUGUUGUUGCUUCUUGAGGAGCAACAACGAUUACAAAUACAGAUAACAGAGGCGGGAACAACAAAGAUGCACGGUUGAUAAACGAAGCUGUCUUGCUGAACGACUGAUUGAUUGAGCUGAGGAUUAGGUCUGUAAAUGUUUGAGUUGUAGUUUGUCACCAGUAUUGUCAACAGUUGCCCAUAGCUGUACUUCAGACGUCCGCCUGAGCCAUAACACGAGACGUUACAGCAGCUCUAGUGGGUAUUUCAAGUGGCAGUCACAGUGGUGACGCAAACCAUACCUCGAUCUGCAUAUUGGCUAUCAGCAGACUGUGUAUGUGUCAGUGUUUUUGUGUGUCUUCAGUGCAGGCGGCCUCUGGUUCGAGCCAUCUUAAGUGCGUUGUGCGGCCGUCGAAAUAGGUAGCAACACCAGCAUUAAGGUGUAAGAAGCCGGUGGGGCAGAAGGUGGUGACGAAUUAUAUACGCUGUUGUCGCUGUAGCUAGCUGCAGCUUCCGCUGUAGCUGCAGGCUGCAGCUGUUAGAGCAGCUCGGCUGUGGCAAGAUGAUGGCGUGCUGCCUCUCGGAGGAGGCUAAGGAACAGAAGCGCAUCAACCAGGAGAUCGAGCGGCAGCUCCGUAAAGACAAACGCGAUGCGCGAAGAGAGCUCAAGUUGUUACUGCUGGGGACGGGAGAAAGCGGGAAAUCCACGUUUAUUAAGCAAAUGCGAAUUAUUCAUGGCUCCGGCUAUGACGACGACGAUAAGAAGGGGUUCAUCAAGCUGGUCUAUCAAAACAUCUUUAUGGCCAUGCAGUCUAUGAUCAAGGCGAUGGACAUGCUCAGAAUCCAGUACAAGGACCCCAGCAAUGUGGAGCAUGCACAGCUUGUGUCGUCGGUUGACUACGAGGCCGUUACGACAUUCGACAGGCCAUUUGUGGUUGCUAUACAAAAACUUUGGGCCGAUCCAGGGAUACAGGAGUGUUACGAUCGGCGACGAGAAUACCAGCUGACAGACUCUGCCAAAUAUUAUCUGUCGGAUAUAGAACGCAUCGCCCGCAGAGAUUAUCUCCCUAGUCAACAGGACAUCUUAAGAGUGCGUGUACCCACCACCGGUAUUAUCGAGUAUCCGUUCGAUUUGGACUCAAUCAUAUUCCGCAUGGUCGACGUAGGCGGGCAGCGGUCCGAACGUCGCAAAUGGAUUCACUGCUUUGAGAAUGUUACGUCUAUCAUAUUCCUCGUAGCGCUCUCGGAAUACGACCAGAUUUUGUUUGAGAGUGAUAACGAGAACCGAAUGGAGGAGUCAAAAGCGCUCUUUAAAACGAUUAUUACCUACCCAUGGUUUCAAAACAGCUCAGUUAUCCUAUUUCUCAAUAAAAAGGAUUUGUUGGAAGAGAAGAUCAUGUACUCACAUCUGGUCGAUUAUUUCCCCGAGUACGAUGGCCCGAAAAAAGACGCCAUGCACGCGCGCGAGUUCAUCCUUCGAAUGUUCGUUGACCUAAAUCCGGAUUCGGAAAAGAUAAUCUAUUCGCAUUUUACUUGUGCGACAGAUACCGAAAAUAUCCGGUUUGUGUUUGCUGCCGUCAAAGACACGAUACUGCAACUAAAUUUAAAAGAGUACAACCUUGUCUGAAUAACAACCGACCGGCAUACCAACAACAACCGACAGGAAACGCAAUGUUGAAAACAAUCAGCGAACUGCAGCGGAGCAAACAACUUUCGUCUGCUACCUGUUAUGUCGCUGAGUGCUCACAGCUGUACUUUCUCGACAUGUCGGUAUUCGUAGCCUUCAACCUUUGGACAACAAUAAUGAGAUGAAUAUAAAAAAAAAUUGCGACUCUGGCGUCAUCGUUUAUGAACUCCGACGAUGAACACAAUUAGUGCAACAACAACAACAACAAUAAUAACUAACAAGAUUAGCAGAACUAGAAACAACUGCAGCAACAACAUAGAUAGAUUGCCACUGUAUAUAUUAGCAUGACAAGGGUAAAAGAGCUGAUACGAUGCUCGGGGGAGAAACUAAAUAUGGGUUAAGCUUCGUUGACAAGAGGAACAACCAACAACAACAAUAUAAUAAAACUAAGUAAUGAUUAUAGUACACAUAACAAUGACAACAACACCAGCAACAGAUUUAAAAGUACCGCCAUUAUUACAACAGGCGGUAGCGAGAAAACUGGGAGCAUAGACGACUUUAUUGGUGAACCCCUCAGCAGCAGCAGGAGUAACCACAAAUAAGUGAUUAUUAUAACAAUUUAUCAUGAUCGUAUAUAUAUGAUGGUGUUUACGAAAAACAGACUUGCUGCCGCCGGUUGAGCCUCCGCUGGCUUCAGAUUAUAUAUUAAAAAGAAGAAAGAACAUUAACGUGUAAUAAUAACGAUGAUCAUGAUGACUAUUAGAAUGGUGACCAUUAUUAUUAGUAUUAUUAACACGAUGAUUUUAGUGGCGUAAUUAUUACUAUAUACAUAUAUUAUAAACUAACUAAAAGUACGAAUGCAUGAGAGGAAUAAAAACGAGCACAUAGAGAGUCGCUUAAUGGAAUAACCGCAACAACUGGAUGAGUAACUACGAUGGUAUUGAGAUAUCGUGCUGAAAUGAUCAGAUAUAAUAACAUAUGAUAAUAUAGCGACGAUGAUAACAAUGAACAUGUGUGAGAAUGAAAAGAAACAGUAAUA